AUGUCGUCCCUCGCGCCCUGCGCUUCUCUCGCAUCUUUAUCCGCCGAUCGCAUCGUGGCCUCCCACCUGACGUGCCGUGCACUGCGUUCGAUCAUCGCCCCUGCCGUCCGAUCAUCGCCCCUGCCGUCCGAUCAUCGUCCCUGCCGUCCGAUCAUCGCCCCUGCCGUCCGAUCAUCGCGCCUGCCGUCCGAUCAUCGCCCCUGCCGUCCGAUCAUCGCCCCUGCCGUCCAAUCAUCUGCUCCUCAGCCGCAACUCACGCAGAGCACAUCUGCACAAGGGCCUGGCAAGAUCAACGUAUGGCCGUCCAUGAUGUAUGGCCGUCCCAUGUGCAUCCAUGUUGCCCCACGAGCACAGGCACGUGAGUUCGUGGUGGGCGGCAACAAGGGGUGGGCGUAUGGUGUGAGCGGAUGGAAGCCCAAUCCCGCUGCCCGUGUAGGCGACGUGCUCGGUGCGUGCCCCUCACAUGUGCGCCACUACACUCCUGGCGCCUCCCCUCGCUGA